AUGCAGCUGCUGCAGCCGCCGAGCGAUGAGACGGCCGAGUCACCGCACGUCAACGGCGCCGACCCGCUGCCCUCCGGCCGGUGCCCGCUGUGUGGGCUGGCUGUGCCACAACUGGUCAGUCACAUCCGGGACGCGCACUGUCGCAGCUGCGGCCGCUGCGGCCUCAUCCUGCCCGAGGCCCUGAUGGAGCGCCACCGUACAGCUCACGACCUCAAGAUGGCGUUCUGGUGUCCCGUGUGUGGUCAGCGUGAGGACCAGCGCCAGCGGAUGAUGCACCACAUCGGCGAGCAGCACGAGUACAUCGCCGAGGGCUCCCAGUUUCAGUGCGGCUCAUGCGGCCACGUGCGCUCACAUAACCUCAUUACCCACUGCCUGAAGCACGCACGCGACGAUGCCCUCACGGCCUACUGGUUCAAACCGGAUGCGGACCCGCCGCCCGGACGGCGAGUGGAGCCGCAGGUGAUCGGCGAGGGCGCCGGGCACACGCCGCAGGCACCAUGCGACGACGCAGACUCCGACUCGGCACCAGAAGGGAAGGAGAUGGCUCCAGGCGAGGCCAGGAGCUCGCAGAAACUGGACGUCUCCGACGAGGUGGAUGCCGAGACACUGGCGUGCGAGCUCUGUGGGCGGGUGCUGCGCUCCGUCUCGCAGCUGCGCCGUCACCGACGCUACCGGCACGGCGAGUGGCGCGGUCCGCUACACUGCGCUCGCUGCUCGCGCCGCUUCUUCUUGGCUGUGCACCUGCGCGUGCACACGUGCGCCGGCGGCUGGCGGCUCUCGGCCGAGCCGUGGCUGUCGGCGCGGCUCUGGCGGCCCGAGGCCACGCUCGGUGCCCUCUGGUGCCCUUCGUGCUGUCAGCCGCAGGUGUCGCUCCAUCAGCUGCGGCUGCACAGUCUGCGCCAGCACGCUGACGUCCUCUAG